ACUAAACCGAAGGUCCCGUCUCUUCAAGCUGCACUACAUUAACCUGAACCGAAGGGACGUAAAAGAACCACUGGGGACGCAAUAAACCCUCUGGCAGUGACCACCCCCAGUGACAGUGCUUACUUACCGAGGAAUCGGUCUCCUAGUAUUAGCGAAAGCUACCUAUAGGAGUAAUAAUAAAUCAAAUUAAAUCAAAUCAGCAACCCAUCUACCGUUCGAUCAAGGUGCAGGCCUUUCAGCGGGCGUCAACCACGUGACCUGUAUUGAUGAACUGGUGACGUCAGAGGAGAAUGUCAGGGUUUCCUAGCCGCCGGCCGCGCGUAGAGUGAGCGCUUGUACGGCGCGGCGCUCUUGCACUCGGAGGUAUAUAAGCGACUGACCUUGUUGUAUUCCAUAUAUUGUUUUCAUAGUGUAGGAGACCCCACACUAGAGGCUCGUCUAACUAUCCCAUCGAUAACAGUCGAUGCUACAGCUUCUCAUUCAACAUGAUAGUAACAACAGGCUGUAUACUACUUCUCGGUCUUCUAUCUCUAUCCGACGCUCGGCCGCAAAACCACAUUGCUCAAGUGAAUGAAGGUGAAGUUAUCGAAGGCGAUAUACUGGUGACAGAAAGACUGAAAAAGUUGAUUGAACAGCCGCAGACAUCGGGUCGAUCAAGGCGAGAAAUUACCACAGAUGCUGUGAAGCUCUGGCAGAAUGGCAUUGUGCCUUACACUAUAGACAAACGACUCGGCAAGUCGGCUCGCAAGGCAAUUCGUAAAGCGAUCCGCGAGUACCAUAAGAAGACAUGUGUUCGAUUUGUUACGCGCAGUACUCAACCAGACUUUGUUCACUUCAGCCUCGACUAUGGGUGUUACUCUCCAAUCGGUCGCCAGGGGGGGCGUCAGAAGCUGUCAGUAGGGGAGGGUUGCGAAUAUCGUGGUACGGUGAUGCACGAGCUGAUGCAUGCCCUCGGGUUCUUUCACGAACACUCCCGACACGACCGCGACAAGUACGUCAAGAUUCUAUGGUGGAACAUAGAGCCUGGAUUCUUCAACAACUUUAACGUGUACAGUCACAGCGUCCUGGAUACGCUUAACGCUCCGUACGACUACCACAGUCUGAUGCACUACGACAAGCAAGCCUUUAGCAAAAACAGACAGAACACUAUAGAGGCACUGGAUAACCCGACCAGGAAGCUAGGCCAAAUGGAUGACUUUAGCGAAACCGAUAUCAACCAACUGCUUAAAGUCUACCCCUGUAAACCGGGCACCGAACGACCAGUACUGGCACAGCCUAAAGUAAAGAGUAAAGUAAAGACGAUGGCCCCAAAGCAUCUCGAGCCUUGCACGGAUGUUUUCCCGGCGCCAUGUAAACUUUUCUCGUCCCAUAUUAACUACUGUAGCGACUGGAAGACAUUCAUGGGCAAGAACUGCCCUCUAUCUUGCGGAUUUUGCCAACAGCACAAUGAAAAACAAAAGCUCUUGGAAGCUAACGCGACAAAAUAGAAUAAUUCCACAUCGGAGAAAAGACGUCACAGGUGGUCACUGUGGAAACAAUCACAUAUUAGGACCCAGUCAUCUCUCUACCAUUGGCGCUACAGCCAUCCCACAUAUCAAUCGGCCCCCAUACACUCAGCUGUUGUCCAAUAUUCGCGCCGUUCGUCAUAUAUCUAAAUUGAUAGGUUAUUUAUGAAAAAAGAAAGCAGGUGCAGGCAGGCUUAUUUAUUACACUACCUACUGUAUGUGUGAUCUUGAUAUUUAACAGCUCAUAUAUUUCGCACCAGUUACUCCAUUCGCGCAGCCUAUAAACGCCAUUAUCACACCCAAAGAAGUCGAGAACCCGAAUGAAGUAUUGAUAUCCAAAUAGUGUUGAACAAGAGAUGAUAGAAAUAAUAAAAUUGAUUAUUAGGCAUUAUUUUAUAUUUUAUAUCUCUAGUAAUACAAGAUUUCCUGAAAUAUGAUUAAAUAAAAAUAUUAUUUUAUAAGAACCCCCUCAAAUUCUAAGAACGUGAUAAGAACAGGUCGAGGCUCAGAUAGCAGCAAACUAUUUUUUGCUUGUGUUUUUUUUUUAUGCGUACUGGAAUGCAGAAUCAAAUUGCGUUCUAUAAGAACAACCUUAAGUAUUAUUGCUGUUGAUCAUCUGUGACAUCCUUAAUAACAUUUCAGACAAAAAUAAGAACACCCCAGCCUCAAAUCAAACCUAGACGUUCUUAUAAAAAAAGAGUGUACGCACUUCGACAGCCCAACGUUUCACAUCCAUAGAAUUCUAAGUCUGUGUAGUAAACCAUACAGUAUAGUAGAUAUGUAUAUCGUAGUUAUUGAAUAAUGGUCACAUUUUAUAUUCACGCUUUUAGUGCCUUCUAUCGAAUAAAGGAAGAAAUUGA